UUUGCGUGGUUUUCGUGUUUUGUUUCGUAGCUCAGUCCUAAGACUCCCCCCACUCCCCUCGGGAGGCGGCCGCAAAGUGCUGUGGGGCCUGAGCUUUUGCCUUGACAUGUUCGUGACAUCGGUAGAGAACAGGCGUCGGGUUUACGAUCGAUUGCUGUGGAGGGACCCACGAAUGAUCCUGUCGUGGAGUACAUCCGGAUUACAACUUGCAAAGUUUCUCUAGAUGAAUGGGAGCAUUGAAUGCCAGACUCUUGGUUUCUCAACAUCCCAACUACCUCCCUGCAUCCAUGCGCAUACUCGUCAUAACCGCGGAUGGUAACUCACUCAGUCACAGUGCUCUCAGGAGAGUGAUCUCUUCUGCAGCCAGCCCCAUUCCCUCGACCUUUCCUCCUCCUCCUCCUCCAGGACAGAAAACAGGGAAGAUAUUGAGAAACUGAACUGGAUUUGUGAGUAGACCUGUUUCGUAGCGGUGCCAGACAGUAGCUUAUCUUCAGUUGAUUCUUUUUGGUUUUUUAGUAGGAACGAUUGGAACAUUCUGUAACAAGGGUGGGGAGAUUGGAUACGUGAAGGGAAUUGCGUGUUUUUGUACCGGGCACCUGUUUGUAGGUGAGGUGCCUGUGCGGGAAUGCCGAGGGAGAUGGGGGCAGGGGAGAGGAAUGUAGUGGAUGUGGAGCAGCCUCUUCUCGAGGAGGAGGAGAAGAAGAAGAAGUCUCCAGCAUUGCUCUACCCGAAUUGUCCUGGUUGCAAACAUAGUUACUUGCAAGAUCCUGAUGCCAAGCUUCCUUAUAAGAUCUUUGGAACUUUAGCGGCGCUUACGCUCGUCAGUGCUCUACCAAUUUCUUCUCUCUACCCGUUUCUGUAUUUCAUGGUACGGGAUUUCAACAUUGCGAAAUCUGACAAAGACAUCGGCUUCUACGCUGGAUAUGUAGGAUCAUCGUUCAUGGUUGGGCGGUUUUUAACCUCUGUCCAAUGGGGGAUGGUGGCUGACAAAUACGGGCGGGUGCCUGUCAUGAUAAUUGGCUGCAUUACUGUCAUAGUGUUUCAUACAUUAUUCGGAGCAAGCACAAACUUCUGGAUGGCAGUACUUGCGAGAUUUUUUCUGGGUGGCUUAAACGGCAUGCUUGGUACCAUCAAGGCCUAUGCAUCGGAGGUUUGCAGUGAAAAGCACCAAGCUAUUAGUGUGUCCAUUGUGGGCACCGUCUGGGGUCUUGGACUGAUUAUUGGUCCGGCCAUGGGCGGCUACUUGUCUCAGCCAGCAAUCAAGUAUCCAAAUUUGUUUCCACCUGGUUCACUAUUUGAUCGAUAUGCGUACUUGUUACCGUCUCUAUGCGUCACAGUGAUUUCAAUUCCAACUCUCUGCAUCACGUUCUAUCUUCCUGAGACAAUUCACAAACAUGAUGUCAAAGAAGUUGAGCAGGCUGAAGAUUCGAAGUACGAAAAGCCUUUGUCUCUUCCCAUUCCAAACAAUCUGUCGCGGGCAGGAAGCAGAAAAUACACGGUGUGUGAGAGCAUCGAGAGCCCAUCCGUGCAUUCUCCCCUCGGAAGUCUACAUGAACCCAAAUUUGAAGAUGCAUGGAAUCAACAUUCUGAAAAAGGACCGCAAAAUAGCGAUCAGGUUCAAACCAGGAGUAGCUCACUGCGAAGUCUAAGCCAAAACGAGGAAGACAUGAAUGACAACGAUGGUUACAGAGCUUUACUGGGAACGGACACCCCGAAGGAUGCCCAAGUACUUCAAAUAAAUUCCACGGACGCUGCAGAGGAGAAAAUACCAGGGGCAGAAACAAAUUUGCGUGAUUCAACGAAGAAGAAGAAAUCCUUGUGGACAAGCAAGCCUCUCAUGGCCUCCAUUGCUCUAUACUGCAUCUGGUCCUUGCACGACAUGGCCUUCAGUGAGAUUUUUUCGUUGUGGUGUGUGAGUCCUUUGGCCGAUGGAGGUCUGGGAUUAUCAACUACCGUUGUUGGUCAAAUACUCGCGAUAUCAGGAUUUACGAUGUUGGUGUUCCAAAUUUUGUUCUUCGCUCCUUUGGUUAAUUGGAUGGGAGCUGUACUUGUAUCCCGAUCUGGCGCGGGAUUUACAACUCUUUCAAUGGCUGCUUUCCCAUUAAUGACGAUGCUCAAAGGAACGUCGCUCUUUAUCGUUCUUAAUCUCUUGUCGAUUGUCAAGAACAUUCUUGGGAUAUUGAUAUUCACAGGCUCUUUCAUAUUGGUAAACAAUUCAGUGAGACAAGAUCAAAGAGGAGCAGCAAAUGGGCUUGCAAUGAGCUUGGUGUCCCUUUUUAAAGCUGUAGGGCCAGCUGGAGGUGGCAGCAUUUUUGCAUGGGCGCAGAGCCGGCAAGAUACUUAUAUUCUGCCAGGUAAUCAGCUCGUGUUCUUCUCCCUGGCUGUUGUCUCUUUGAUCACCUAUUUCACCACUUUCGAGCCUUUCCUGCCUAGAUCUCUUGACAGACCUUUGCCGGAAGACCGAGACGUUGAGUGAUUAAACCCAGAUAAAUUCACACCUUUCUCUUCGCAUUUUUUCCCCUUUCUUCUCGAGCCGCUCUACCAUAGAGCACGAUUUUGUUCCGACACUUCUUGUAGUCUCAUAGAGAAUAUCAUUGCAGCUUUAGCUUCAAAGCUUGCAUUAGCUACUUGGGUGGCUCUGGCCUAGCCUGUGAGUAUAGUUGCCUAAUUCAUUUUACCCAUAGUUGUCAUAUUAUGGUGACUUGUUCAAAGCAAGUGUGAUCAUACAAUGAACACUGAGCAUGCAAGAUCCUAAUUAUAUAUCAAAAACUACAUCGGAUUUUUCUGA